AUGGAUGGUGCUGGGGCAUCUUCUGAAUCUGGGUCUGCUGCGUCAAGUCUGAAAUCUAUGGAAAAUGGGUGUUCUGGCAGGGAUGAUGGGUGCCCAAAGCAAGUGUCGCCUCUUAGAGGUGGUGGGUCGAGGAAUACGAGUCCUUUGGGUUGUGUAAGAUCAAGAAACACUAGCCCUUCGAGGCAGAAGGUAGUUAAGACAAAACCGCGAGGGCUAGAUGAGGAAACGGCUUCUACUUUUGGUAAAGCAAUUCAUCCUGAUGUUCAAAUGGAGGAUAAUAUAUGGGCAAUGUUGCCAGAGGACUUGUUGAAUGAGAUAUUAGCUAGGGUUCCCCCAUUUAUGAUAUUUAGGCUCCGGUGUGUUUGUAAGCGGUGGAAUACAAUUCUACAAGAUAGAAGUUUUCUUAAGUUCCACUCGCAAGUGCCGUCUCACGGGCCUUGUCUUCUCACAUUCUGGAAGAACUCUCAGACCCCACAAUGCUCAGUCUUCAGCUUACCAUUAAAAACAUGGUACAGAAUUCCGUUCACAUUUUUGCCACAGUGGGCAUUCUGGUUGGUGGGCUCUUCUGCUGGUCUAGUUUGCUUUUCUGGGCUUGAUGGCUUAAGUUUUAAAACCUUGGUUUGUAACCCUCUUACACAAACUUGGAGGACAUUGCCAAGUAUGCAUUAUAAUCAGCAAAGGCAGCUGAUAAUGGUUGUUGAUAAGAAGGACCGGUCAUUUAAAAUUAUAGCCACUAGUGAUAUUUAUGGUGACAACAAGUCGUUGCCCACUGAAGUGUAUGAUUCAAAGCUAAAUAGUUGGUCAAUUCACCAGAUAAUGCCUGCAGUUAAUCUUUGCUCCUCAAAGAUGGCAUAUUGCGACUCCAGACUAUAUUUGGAAACCCUUUCUCCACUUGGCCUAAUGAUGUACCGGUUGGACACAGGAUACUGGGAACACAUUCCAGCUAAGUUCCCACGGUCUCUAUUGGAUGGUUAUUUGGUAGCUGGCACCCAGAAGCGUCUGUUUCUAGUUGGAAGGAUUGGUCUUUAUAGUACUCUUCAGAGUAUGAGAAUAUGGGAAUUGGAUCAUACAAAAUUUAUAUGGGUGGAGAUUAGCAGGAUGCCUCCGAAGUAUUUUCGAUCUUUGUUAAGGUUAUCAGCUGAGAGAUUCGAGUGCUCUGGACAGGAUAACUUGAUUUGCUUCACAUCUUGGAACCAAGGGAAGGGCCUUCUCUAUGACGUGGAUAAGAAGGCGUGGUCCUGGAUUGCAGGCUGUGCUCUUCAGUCGUACAACAGCCAGGGAUUUGACACGGGGCUUGGUGGCUAA